GUGCCAACCCACCUGCGUGCGCGGCAGCGGAGCGGCUUUUCCCGUACGAGGCGAAGCUUGUGUAGUGUUGCUCGCGAGUUUGCGAAUCGGUCAUCCACUGCAAAGAUCCGCAAAAUUCAGGCAGUAAACAUCGGACGGUCGCGGAGAAAGUUGCCUUAAGCUGUUCAACAUGGAGUCUGUUCUUGGGAACCGACCUACAUCUUGCGACACCUUCGUGGCCUUGCCACCGGCCACACGCAACGACUGCAUUGUGUUUGGCAAGAACUCUGACCGUCCCGCGGGGGAGGUGCAGGAGGUGGUGUACGUGCCCAAGACCCAUCACAGCACUUCCACCAAGUUGCAGUGCACCUACAUUGAAGUUGACCAGGUGGCUGAGACGUGCGCGGUCAUGCUGAGCAAGCCGGCCUGGAUGUGGGGUGCCGAGAUGGGAGCGAAUGAGCAUGGUGUCUGUAUUGGCAACGAGGCCAUCUUUACACACCUCAACGGACCAGACGACCGCACUGAACGACUGCUGGGCAUGGACUUGGUGAGGCUCGGCCUGGAGAGGGGAAAGACGGCCCGUGCGGCACUGGACGUCAUAGUGUUGCUGCUGGAGAAGCACGGCCAGGGCGGACCGUGCUCAGACACGGACCCAUCGUUCACAUACCACAACAGCUUCCUCAUCGCGGACCGCACCGAGGCAUGGGUGCUCGAGACGGCCGGAAAGCUGUGGGCAGCCGAGAACAUCAAGAGUGGCUGCAGGAACAUCUCCAACUGCCUUUCCAUUGAGACCAAGAUUGACCUGUGCAGCCAAGGGCUGAAGGAGGAGGCCGAGAAGCUUGGCUUCUGGAAUGACAGCCGAGGGGACCUGAACUUUCGUCUGGCAUUCAGUACGGGUGAGAUCGACAGCCGCUACACGUGUGGGAAGCAGCUUCUUGAGAAGCUUUCGGCAAAAGAAGAAGGCAUUGGAGAGCAGGAAAUGAUGAGGGUGCUCAGAGACAAGCGUAGCGGCAUUUGCAUGUCCUCCGGCUCCUUUGUGUCCACAGGCAGCCAGGUUUCUGUCCUCACUCCUGCUUCGAGCAACAGGCUGUGCUGCCACUGGUUCACGGGCACACCUGACCCGGCCCACUCGGUGUUCAAGCCCUUCAUUUUUUGUGACCAAGUGGUUCCCUCACGCCACAUCGUCUCGCCUGUGUUUGAGCACGACCCAGCGAAGACCAAGCCACGCUUCGAGUUCACCGUUGACCGCCGUCACACCCUGUACCGGCACCACGAGCAAGCCCUGCAGGCGAUGCAGACGGGCAAUGCGUCGGGCAAAGCACUGCAUGCGCUUAUGACCGAGCUGGAGGCCAAGUGCAUCCGCGAGGUGGACAGCUACCUGGACAAUCCUGGGAGCACGCAAGAGCUGCAGGAGCUCUUCAAGGAUGUUGUCGAGAGCGAGAUCAAGUUCUACAAGUAGACAGCGUUUACCCUCGCGCGUGUGGCACUUGCAGGCACCACCUUACGUGUUGUUGGAUGAAUCAAGGAGACUUGCUCGUUCGCCAUGCAUGCGUUUUGUUGCUCCUUUUCUUUGUCGUUGCACUGCCAGUUUUUCUCAACUCAGGGCACCCUCUGUGCACUGAACUGUAUACAGGUUGUGGGUGUGCUUUUAUUUUGGUGAGCUUUGAUGAAGCUACACACUUUUUUUGCCACUGGUAAUUAUAAUGAAUAUUACUUAUGCCUGUUAACUCGGUGUGGCAAUUGUUAUGCAUAACAAUUGAAUAACAUAAGCCUUAUCUGCUUGCAUUGAGUAGCCGUGGGGCCUAUAUGUGUUGACCACGAAGCACAUAUGUGUAGGCCUUUUCUUGAACGAUCGUGGUAUGCUUGUUUUGGUCAUGCAUUCAUUCAUUCAGUCGGGCUGGUGGGUGGUGCACAGACAUGAACGACUGUUAUCUGUUGCAUUUCUAUGUCUCAAGGCAAUGAUAAUGGUGACUCAUUGAUGUCUUGCAAUGCUUUCUGUUUCUAAGUCGUUUUCUUCUUUAAUUUAGAAACAAAGAUCCUAGUGUGCAAUAGGCUGUGUUUCUGUAUGCUGUGAUAGAUUGCUUUUGGUGUACUACUUGUAACAUACAAUCAAAGGCGAUUGUUUUAUGUGUGUUACGUGACACUCGCGAUUCGGGCUUGACAUGUUUUGAGAAGGAUGCUCUGAUUACGGUACUAGGAACGUGCAACACAUAUUUUGUAAGGCCACACGAACGUAAACAGAUGACCAAAUGUUUUCCAUGUUCAAUCUCACGACUUUAUGCACAGUAUUCUCAGCAUUAUUCGUAGUUUCUUGUUGCUUUGCAUUUUAAUGUAGUCAAGUGAGGAUUCCAGUGUCACUAUAAUUGGCUCAAUACUCAAAAUAUCCUUGGAUGUGAAGAUUAAGUAGCACAUCUUAACAUUCAGGGCUUUGCUGAUUACUAUUUGCUUUGCACUGCUCAAACCAAUCGGUGUAGUGGAUGAAUGGGCAAGAAGGUCCAACAGCAUGCUAAAUUUGCAGUGUAAACAUUGAUUGGUGAUAGUGUGUUCAACACUUUAAUCAUCUGUUACUUGUAAGUAAAAGUUUGUUUAUUUUAAUCUGCUUUAUUUUAAUCUGUAAGCUGCUCUGAAUGCUCGUCAAAAAGCAUAUCUUGAAGGUAGCUUUCAAAGAAACUGUAGUGAGCGUAAAAUAGCGAUCAAGGAGUUUGACUUCGUUAAAGUUGCUCAUGCGUAGUUAUUUGUUUGUAUGUACCCUUGUGAGGCUCCUUUAUUUUUUAGUGUAUCAUUUUUUCUUUGGUUGGUUCAGAUAGGGAGCUGUAUUCAUUGUUUCUUGAUUAAAAGGUGUUUGCCAGUUUUUGCGGCAGCUAUUCAGUGCUUCCUGUUUUGGCUUCAUGUGUGGCUCGCGUGCAUUUGUCUAAAGGUGACUCAAAAUGCUUCCACAUUCAGAACAUGUUGUCUUCUUGGAGCUUUGCGUGUGUAUGCUACAGAACUUAUGCUUCUGUGAUGUCCUGUGAUGUCCUGUGAUGACCGGCCUUGCAGGUAGUUGAAGGUUUGAUACAUUCCGCAUGAGGGAGGAUUCAACUCACUGUCUGCCUUGUGUAAUGCUGUGAGAGGUUGCUGUUAAGACAAGCAUCGUGUCACAUGCUACAAGGGAGCGACACUUGAAUGUAUGUACGGCACAUGACAUGGAAAUAGAGUUUGAGAUAGAGAUGGUUUAUCUGUUUAUGAGGUGCAAGGAGACAAGGUGCGUGGUGAAUCUGCAAUAUAAUUAAGUGUCAGCUCAGAGAAUUUGUAGGCUUUUUUUUUUCUGUGACUAUUAUAAAGUUCCUUUAGACAUAUGCUUGGUCAUUGCUUCAAUGAUGGGUGCCCCAUAAAAAUGUCUGUUACUUUUUCUAGGGCCUCCACUGGCUGUGCUUUUGUUGCUGACCCACUCUGCUAUCAUUGACAUUGAUAGCUGGGAAAGAAACAAGUGAAAAAAAAAAAGAACUACACUGUGUAGAAAAAAACUCUGACUAUGCGUAGCUCGCAUAAGUUGGCACUGUUUCAUCUAAGUUGUGCCAUUUGGUAGGCACGAUACAGUUUGUUAGCACAUAUUGUGAAGCAUGAGGUAAAGCUGUUACGUUUGUGUUCUAUUCCAAGGUCUCUCGUGAAACCCAGUGAUAACUGCUUCAAAUAAAAAAAUAUUUCUCGAAUGCUGGGCAGUGCCACAUGAGCGACAGCUGAAAUUGAGAAUUUGACUGUGCGAGGACUUCCUACUGAUGUUGUAAGCGUUUUUUUUUUUCUUCAAUCAUCGAUGUGUAAACUUCCUGUGGGUAGGCAGAGGCGUUUUUAUUAAUUGCUAACUGUGGCGUGUGCGAGUAAAACUGGUUGUGAAAGAACAGGGAUAAUUGAUCCUGAAUGCAUUAGUUUAGCAGCUUUUCAGUGCUGUGUUUCAUGUUUAUACCUCUGUACAGAGGAGGAGUAAGUGUGCUUGCAAUCACUUUUUGCAUAUGUAUGGGACACGUGAGACGUUCCUCUGUGGUGAAUACACUUUUGACAUUUCUUUUCUCUUCUUGAGAGCACAGAAAUUUUACUGUGGCAGCCUAUGUACCCUGCCUGUUUGUUAAUUAAUGUGUGCUCACUGUAGCUGUAGACAGUAUGAUUGUGCGUGACAGCUCAGCGCCACUUAUUCAAAAUGUUCCUUAAGGCUGCGAGGAUCACAAAUGCUUGCAAGAAAGCAGAAUGGUUCCUUUAUUGCUUGAAUGUUUUGCUAACAUAAAUCUCUGAUCAAAAGAAAGAUAUGCCAGCCUAAGCAAACAUGAUCGAUGAUAACAAGUAGCAUGGUGAAUUAACUCUUGUUAAAGUGCUUUGGAAUGAAGUCUUGCUUGCGAUGUGGCAUGCGGUGUGUAAAUGGCAUUGCAUUGUGCUAAAACAUUUUUUCUUGUGUGUACAGUGAUGUUACACAGUACUUACAUUAGAGGGAUGCUGAAGGCAAAUAUUGAAUUAGUCUAGAUUGUUAGUUUACACUUUAUGGAUGACUCAGUUGCAGAAUUGUAAUUACACUGAAAGGGCUUCACAAUUAUUUCACAAUUCAAAUGCUGGUGAUUGCUGGUGAUUGCGGAUAUCAUGCGUUGCUCCCUGCUUUAAGUCAGAGGCCCGUAUGCAGAGGACCCUGCAUUCCAAUAAAAAGCAUCAAUGAAGUAGUGUGAAGAGGUAGCACCAGUGAAUUGUGUAAGGAAAUUCAACAAUAUUGGCCAAACUGCAUUUUCUUCCCUGUAGGACUGCAACUUAAUGACUAUUUUACUAUCAACACUUGACUGCAAUUUACCAAUUAUAAACGGGUCAUGUUACACAUUGGAGUUACUACUAUGUAUAUCUUCACAAUGGUACUGCCAAUUCUGUCUUACAAUUCUGUCAUUUUCUCACUUACAGAUGCGCUGUCCAAGGCAUGAUGCUUUGGGCAUUUUUAAAAGCUAGUCUUAUAUCCUUAGCUUGACAUAACAUUUGCCUCUAGCACACCUAAAAGCACACCUUAGGAUAAUGAUUCUUGCUUACAGACCUCUUCACUGCUUUUAGCAAGUUCACUUGCUUGUAUUCUAAUUUGAUUUGUUGCCACUUGCUACAGGCUACUUGCAUGUUUGCAGACGGAGUUGUUGAAGUGGUUGAUAAGAUGUUGCCGACUUGGGAAGACCGAUGUCAAUAUAAAUUCUUGCCGUUAGUUGCAUGAAUGUUGCUAUUCGUGAUGUUGGUCUCUAGGCUUCCCUUUAUGGUCUCCAGCCUCCCAUUCCUGUUCUUUAGUCCCAAUUGCUAGUCCUUUGUUCUAUACCAUAGACCUUUUAGUUGCAAGUGCAGAUACACUGACAUUACUCGAGCUUUAUGUAGGAGUGCAUGGCCUUCCUUUGUAUGGCCUAGCAUUAUACAGGGUUUUAUGGGACUGAGCUAACAGAUGUGGCUGUGGAAUAGGCAUUCAUGCCUGCUAGGGUUGUUGCAGCAGGAACAGUGUUUUGUUUAUUUGCCACAGUGUGCCAGGUGUUUACAGCUUUGCUACAUCAGCACUUUCUGAUGUCAUUAGGAGCACAGGAGACUGUGAGUGCAAUUUUUUGUUUGUGUUUGGUAUUAAGCUAUAAUUGUGCAGUCUGCAGCUCUGCGAGCAAAAGCUAUCUUGGCACUAUCUAAAGCAGCUAUCGUUGCCAAAUUGUGAUCUGUGUUUUGGAAAGACCAAGAUAAUUACGAGCUCAGCUGUUUUGUUAGGCUCCUUUUCAUCUGGCUCUGCAACCACAAUUCUUGCCAGCACACUCCUUCGUUAGAACACUGAUUUGAACAGCACUGAUAAGUGUUGAACCAAAGAUUAAAGUGUUGUAGAAGUUACACUUAGAGCUGUGUAAUAGUUACAUUCCAUGUCAUCAGUAAAUUGCAUAAGCUGAAGCAGUCCUUAUAGCUGCCGUGGUCCUGCAACCCGCGUUUCCAAAGUUUCCUGUGGCACCAUGUGUACUUUUAAUACGUAAGCAUUUCUUGGCGAGUACCCCAGGAAUAUCUGGCUGUGACGCAAAAAGUGUAAUGCCUUGUAUCUACACAAAAAAUGUGUAAUUUGCGAAGUUAAGACAUUCAAUCGUUAUAAUAUAAAUGUAGGUGAUCGGUAACUUUAUAAGCGAUAAAAGCAAUUGAAACCAAAAGAAAUAAAACAAAAUUGAUCCAAGAGAAUACUCAUAUGAUCAGAUUUAUGCAUAACCAUAGCGAUACAUAGGGCACGGCCGCUCGAUGAAAUGCAAGAGGUGCAGCCUGCCACAUCACCCGAAACCGGUGUAAGACGCUUUGUUCUCCGCGCCACCGCAGCGGAGCCACUGCUCCGGGGCAGGCACUGGUGGGAGCGUUCCUUUAGAGUUAGUUUAUAUGGCUCCAGCCAUAUAUAUUAACUCUACGUUCCUUUGGCAGCGGCCGCGCUUUGCGUUUACAUUUUCUUGAUGCCAGAGUUGUGCUUUCUGUUUCCAAAAUAUAAAAUAAAAUCUCAACGCUGCCUGCAAGGAUAUCAUUAUACCCAGAAGUUGGUAUUGGGCUGCUAAUGGGCUCACAUAGCCCCAAACGGCGCACGAUGUGAAGCCACGGAAAAGCGCCUCGUUCAACAGCUUUAAAAUUGUACUACCUUCUGUAACAGAGGCUUGUAGGCGAGUUUUAACCGCUGCAGAGUUGCAUUCAGGUCCCCGGUCCAAUUCGCCAAUAGCAGCUGUAACAAUUUGCUUAGAAACACCUUAUACAAUUCCUCAGUGUGGCCGUCAGUGAAGUGAACUCAAUAAUCAAAAACCUGUCACUCGAUUCCCAAGUGCUUCCUUUGCCACUUUAUUUCCUGUCACGAAAUGUUUUUCACCCAUGCUUUACGGCAUUCUACAUCAGAGGGAAACUCAUGGAACCGGAUUAAUGGAUCUUUUCUUGCGUUAGUAGCACACAGCGGCAUGCAACAGUUGCGCGGGAUAGUGUCACAUGCAACACGAGAAGGACCUCGACACAUUUAUACUACCACGUGCGCAUGAGGACGAAAGGCGCGCAAGCGAGACAUGAAAUCUCUCCUGCUGUGCCUUCCCGGAGAGAGGGUCCCGCAGCAGUGGCGCCAACCCUAAAAGAGCGGCGGCAAAUGCCAACUUUUGCUUCACUGCUCCGCCCAUACUUCGCCGCACAACAUGGCAGGCCGCACCUCGUGCGUUUCAUCGAGCGGUCGUGGAUAGGGUUCCAUAGAAAAUGCAUGGGGAAGCCUAUAGUAAGGGUGGGUCAACUUGAAAUUUGGGGAUGGGCCAACUGAAACUUGGGGGUGGGCCGACUGAAAUUGUGUGUGGGCCAACUUGAAAUUGGGGGUGGGCCAACUUGAAAUUGGGUGGUUGGCGAAAUUGAAAUAUGGGGGUGGCCCAACUGAAACUUAGGAGUACGCUUAUGCAUACUUAGACAACUUCAGGGGAGUUCUUGCACGCUUUUCUUGCUUUAUUAGUGUCAUAGAAAAUGUGCUAUAGGCCCGAGUACAUUGUGGAGCUGAAAUAUACAAUUUGAAAGGUUGCUGUUUUCCUGUUGCUUUGGUAGCUUUGUUGCCGAAGCGCAUAAGCUCAAAUUAACUGGAUUUUGUUGAUUGUAAUCGUACUGUGAAAAGCUCCAAUGUAUUUGUGUGUAAAUGCCACUGCAUACUGAAUGACCACAGAGACGGCAUGCUUAUUAAGUAUGUCACUGGUUGGGUAACUGAGACAUUUAUAGCCAACAUAUAUUCAUGUAAGCCCUUCAGUCAAGUUCCUAUUGUUAUUUUCAAGGUACAGUUUACUUUUGACACCAGUCAUUUCUUCUCUUUGUUCUCAUUUAUUUGUUUACAAAUUUUGUUGUGGCCAACAGUGUCCUCCACAGUUUCGUAAUCUGAUAUCUGUGGUAAUUUGCUUUGUAAUACCUUUGUAAUAACUCUUUGUUUUGUAAUUACAGUGCUUUGUAAUCACUUUGUAAUUGCACUUGUCUUCCUUUUGAGUUUAGUGCAUGGCUAAAUUUGCCGUAUUACACCUUGCUUUCAUUUGAAAGAAUGAGUGUUAAUAAAGCAUGACAGCUUCAGUCCCGUGGCUUGAAUGUUUUACAUGGCAGCAGAGGUUUUUAAAUGCGAAGCAUUUCUUGGCGAACAUUUGUUACUUUGACAGUAUCUAUC